UGAGGCUCAUGUGACGGAGGUAGGUCAGUUUCUGAGCGAGCGAGAGAGACGUGUCUGUAGUCACAGGGUUUAUUUAACACGUAGUCCGUCCAGUCCUCCCACACACACAUUUAACCACGACUGGAGCUACUAAACACGUCUCGACUACGCCUGGAUAGCGAGUUGACAACAGCGUCGUCCUACGAUCAUAGUUGCAGGAUAUCUGGAACGUGGAAGGAAAAAAACACGUUAAAGCUAUUUGACAACUGGAUUUGUUUUACCAAAAAAUAUAUUUCAAGGACAUUCGACUUAUGCUUCUUAGCAAAGCAAUCCAAGGAGCAUUUUUUAUUUGUUUUGUCCAGAAGUGAAUUUGGGAGAUUUUGUUUUUGCUCUUUUCACCUGACUUUGGUUUGGCAAGGGGUAAAAUGGAAAGGAUUACAAGUGCGCAACCUCCUCCUCCUCCUUGUAUGACCAAACACCCGUCGCUGGAGAUAGCGGACAUGGCUGGAAUGGAUUUCCCCAUGUAUGUCUAUAAGCCACGACGUGGAAUGAAGCGAGGAGAAGACAGCAAGGAUACCUACAAGUUGCCCCAUCGGUUAAUUGAGAAGAAAAGGCGAGACCGAAUCAAUGAGUGCAUCGCACAAUUGAAAGACUUGCUGCCAGAACACCUCAAACUAACCACACUGGGCCAUUUGGAGAAGGCCGUGGUCCUGGAGCUCACACUCAAGCAUGUCAAGACGCUCAACACUCUGCUGGAACAACAGCAACAGAAAAUCAUUUCACUACAAAAUGGCAUCCAAAUCGACCAGGGCAGUGUCGGGCCAGAAAACAAUGAGGAGAUGUUCCGCUCAGGUUUCCACCUGUGUGCCAAGGAGGUGCUCCAGUAUCUGGCCGCCAAGGAGAGCGCCCAGGACCUGACGCCGCUGCACGUGAUGCGCCAUCUGCAGAAGGUGGCCUCCGACAUGCUGCAGGGCGACGCCAGCCCGCGCAGCAGCAGCAGCGGCGACGACGACUCCGGCUACGACGUGGCCGCAGAGGGCAGGGAAAACCCCCGUGAGAGGCAGGAGACGAGCGCCGCCGAGAGACGGGAGCCACGGGAGCCACAACAGCAGCCCAAACCCUCCCAGGAGGGCCACGCCAAGAACUGUGUGCCAGUCAUCCAGCGGACGUACACGCACAGCGGCAACGGCGAGCAGAGCGGCAGCGACACCGACACAGACAGCGGCUACGGCGGCGAGACGGAGAAGACCACGCGCGACGGCAAGACGGGGCGGCCGAGCUACUACGUCAGCAAAGACGACGAGCUGAAAUACGGCAUGAGCAUGAGCAGCGAGCGCGUCAAGCAGGAGGGCGACGAGCCCCACGCCAAACGCCAGCGCUCCGACUCCUCCGAGGACGAGUCUCUGUCAGGCCACGAGGUGGCGCUGGCGAGCCACGGCGGCUACACGGUGGGCUUCUCUCCGCACCCCCAGGGGGCGCCUCUCUGCAUGCCCUUCUACCUCAUCCCCCCCUCCGCGGCCGCCGCCGCCUACCUUCCCAUGCUGGACAAGUGCUGGUACCCGGGCGGCAUGCCCGUCCUGUACCCGGGCAUGGGUGGCUCUCCGCCCAGCCUGUCCCCAGAGAAGCUGCCCCCGCCAUCCCUGGUUAUGUCGCCCAGGGUGGGCUCUCCCCCUACGCCCCCCCCAGCUUCACAAACCCCCAUGGACUCUCCCGCCCUCCUUCAGGCUCUUAAGCAAGUGCCCCCCCUGAACUUGGAAACCAAAGACUGAGAACUUUCUAUCUGACUCUAUGACUCUCGUCAUUUCUCUAUCCUCUGUUGUUUUUUCUACAUUGUACUUUCACUGGCAGCCCGCCCUCUGAAUGUUCAGGUGUGGAGAGGAGAGGAGAGGAGAGCGAGCGGACCCGACCCUCGGGCCGUCGCCGGGUGAAUCCUCCCCCAGGAGGGAAGGCAGGGACACAAGCACUCAAAAAUCUCUCUCCCUCAGCGACAGCGGCAGCUGUCUGGUCAGACGCCAUCUCUACGCCACCCCACACCAACCCCCUCCCCCCGACCCUGACCUGUCGUGCUCCUCCACCCUCUGAGAGCAGAAAGACGUUUUUACGCGCACUCACACCCACACACACUCACACACACUCACACACACACACUUCACGUAAGCCCAGUGGCCACUGCUUCCCAGAUGCAGUCCAGGUCUCCCAAAUCUAGCAGGCACUGAGCAACAGUGACGACUCGGAGACAAGUGUCAGCACACCCAGAAUUGAGAGAUAGUCAGCUAGGUUUACCUUUUGGUUUCAUUUUUUUUUUGUCUUUUCUUUAAUUAUUUUUGUGUUUUUCGCAACACUGUGAAGAAGGUCAAUUUAUGGACAUGAGCACUGUGGUUAAGACUAGUAUGCUAUGGGUGUGGGAGGGAGGGAGUUGGGGAGUGGAGGCAGAGGAGCUAUGGCCAACCCGUAUUGAAUGUUUUAGAGUUGAAAACCCAGAAUGUGAUGCACAGUCCCCCCCCCUCCCCCUUUCUUAAAUGAUAAAGACAUUUGCCCUUUGCACAGAUGCACACUCACUCACCCACUCACCCACCCACACACUCGUACUCACACAUAAACAUACUGUUCUGUGUUGAAUGUAUAAAAAAAGAAAGCGAAACCCCUGUAGAUGCUGCUUUUGAAGUUUCUACGUGCUGUAGACCCACCUCGGGAAGGUUCUACGAUUUUUUCCUGUAAUCUGUGGCUGCUUAAAGAAAAAAAAACUGCAACAGACCGUCCUUUCUACAGUAGUUUAUAGAGUGCAACCAAAUAUCUGGCCAAGCUUUUGGUUGGCCAGAGCUGUUGUGUGAGAUGAAAAAAAAAAUCAACAAACACUGUUCCCAUCUCAUCAUGCAGUCAUCAUGCCCUAGGAGGAAGCCAGCUCCCCACACUUAGCUUGUGGGGAGCAGAGGUUCAGAGUGGGUGUGGGUGGGGGAACGUCGUAUUCAGGGCUGGUAGCGUGUCACUCAUGUAAAUAGCAGAGUGAAGUACUUCACCAUGCAGUUUUUAUUAGGUUUAUGAGUUCGUAACCCAUUACCAUUGGUGCAAGUAGAUAGAGUCCUUGUGCGGUAAUGUCUUGUAAUUUUACAUUUUUUUUGUUGUUGUUUUGUUUAUACUACUUGUACAUCUAUAUUUUUGAUACAUGACUCACAAGAAAUGUUUGUGUUUGCAUCACACGGAGAGGGAGAUGUUGGGUGGCCACUUUUUGCUGUAAGACACCAGGAGAAACAUGUACAUAGCGUGGUGGAGCUACAACUGAUUGGCACCCCCGCCCCUUGUAUUCAUUUUUUUUCUGGUCACAUUAAAAAAGACAGAUCCUU